GUAAAAUAUUAAAUUUGUAUGAAUGAUAUGGAACUUUAAUGUGAUAUGUAUUAAAUUGCGAAAGUCAUUGCGCAAAUCGAGCUUCUUAUUGACUGAAACCCAAUUAGGGGGCUCUGUUGAAACUGAAACCUCUUUGCGCAGUUCAAGCUGUGCGUAUUGCGUGUGAAUUAUUGACAUUUAAAGAAUGACGUCAUAAUUAUGGUAUGACGUACGUCGUUCAGUGUACGACGACUUCCGAAAUAAUUAUAAUUCAAAGCAAAAUGGUCGACAGGGUAUUGAAACUGUUGAUGUUUGGAGUGCCAAAUGUAUUUGUUGAAUAAAUUGAAUUUCGACUGAAAGCGAAUGAGUUUGCGAUUUUUCUUGUCGAUUAUCGUGGUUUUUACACAAUACAACGUUAUUCCAGGAAGCGUGUUGUACGAAAAGACGUUUUCAUUCUGGCAAGUUGUCAAAGGCUGAAACAUAACUGAAUAGCAACAAGACACGAAUGGAGACUGUGAAUGAAAUCGGUACUGACCGUUUGGAUUCCAAUCAAACAGUUGUUUCACGCAACGAGUCGAGGAUAAUGAAAUCAAAUCCUAAGAUUAAACGAUCACACAGAAAACGUAAUAGAGAAGGACAAUUAUUGAAUGGUACCAAUGCUGGCACAUCGCACUCUGCUUCGCACAACCGACAAAUUGAAGUUAUUGAUGUGGAACAAUUCAUAGAGAAACCUCUAGUUGAUUUGACGGAUGAUUCUGGUAAUUUUUCAUAUGUUGACCUUACCCAUUCUCCCGACAUGGUGCCACAUCGACAUUCUGUAAUCCUUUGGAACAUGUCGCCAAGAACUAGAAAUAACAGUGAAUCAGAAAGAACUGCACCAGUCGAAGAAAAUCCACUUGACAAUACUUUGUUUACUUGUGCCAUUUGUAUGGACGACUAUGAACAGAUCAAAAAGGAAAAAAGACAGUUGAUGUCGACGACAUGUGGACAUGUCUUUUGUAAUCCGUGCAUCGUCAGUUCCGUUCAGAGUCAAGCAAAAUGCCCCACAUGUAGGAAAAAAAUCACUAAAAAAUCAUUGCAUCCAAUAUUUUUAUAAAUAAAACUGAAAAUUCGUUAGUUAAUUUUUCGUUAAUUUUUACACUAUUUAUGCGGCCAAGGCAUAUGUAAAUUAUGUAGUCUACACUAUGAAUAUUCACGUGAAAUAUUAAAUGAAAACUGAAACUGGGUCGAAUGUCAAAUUCUUGGUGCCAGUACAUCAUGUUUUGCAAGUGUGAGUUAAGUUUGUGAACACUAGUCACUCAUUUAACUCGAGAGAAAGCCGAAGAAACGUUAUUUUAUUGAUGUUGACCAUUAUUUUUUCGCGAGUGAAUUAUGUAAAUAGUUAAAUAUGUUGAACUAUGUAAUCAAAUAAAUAUCAGAAAUUUUGUCUUGAUUCAUGUGCUUGUUCUUCGUACGUAAGUGGUCGAGUGGUCGAGUGGUCGAGUGGUGGAGUACACUGAUCUAUGAAAUUUGAUGCCUUUUAAUUUUGACUUGCCGUUCCCACCCCGACAAAAAAUCUGAGUAACUCUUCGUUGUGGUAAUUUGGUAUAGUUAUCCGCUAUCACAUUUUUGUUAUGGUUUUUGAACGAAAGUAAAACUUGAACACGCUUUCAAUCAGCGUCAACGGUUGUGAGUUUCGUUAAACGACGGAAGAAAUGUACGGACUUGGGCGAGGAGAUUAUUUGAAUCGUUUGUUGGAUAUGCGAGUUGGAAAAGAUGAAACGAAGUCAAAAGCAGUUGCUUCACUUGCUGCUUUACCAAAAAGUCCGUCUCCGACAAGUGCAUCAGGAACAUGGACACCUCUGGAUCUUCUUGGAAACAAGGGAAAGCGAAAUAGACAAGGGAGUGAUUCUUCCAUUGAUCAGUUGCCAAGCAUCCGAGGAACUGACGAUGGAAGCCAGACAAGUAAUUUAGAUGACAAGAUCACCCCAGAGCUUGGUUGCUCCAAUGAAACUCCAAAAAACAUGGCAAAGACUCGCCAGGAGGAUGAUAUUCAUUUAAUUACUCCGGAAGAACUUUUGCAUUCACCUAAAGCAAAUGUCAAAGAAGAUACAACAAUGUUGUCUGAUAAAGGUCCUUAUGAAAAAAAAGAAAACAUGACUGCUAAGUAUAUUCCACCACAUUUACGUCCUGGAUUUUCAGGCAAACCAGAUGCCUUACAAGGUCCUUUUGUAACCCAGUACCAGCAUAAAAAUACAGAUUUUUUAAUGAGAGUAAACAGGAAAGGAAUGAAUGAUGAUUUAUGCGAAGAAAUGCCUUCAUCCCAGUCACUUGCGUCGCUCAAAGAAUCCGAACGAAACUGGCAAAAAUGGAAACUGCAGCGAGACCUUAAGAAACUUUUAAACAACGUCACUUCUGAAAAUGUAGCUGGGCUGCAUGAGGAUAUAAGGAGAGUUUGUGAAGGUAGUCAGUUAUCCAAAAACUUUCCUGGUAUAUCUGCCUUGGCAGUUGUGGUUGAUCUUGUCAUUGCUCGUGCCAUAGAAGAAAGAGAUUCGUUUGAAAUUAGUUUGCUUUUAUGUAGGAUUCUCAAUGGUAUGUAUCUGCGUAUGAAACAUUUUGCCAUCAAACACUUUUUCCAUCUUGUCUAUCUGUGUUCCUGUUUGAAAAUUUUUACUUUAGUGGUGUAUAAAGAUCAAUUCCCGUUGUGUUUAAAAGAAGUUUUUCAGCACUAUAACCGGGAGUUGUUCAAAGGUGUGUCAAGCCAAAAUUCUAGCUGUAAAAAUUUCUGUAUUUUUCUUGGAAAACUAUGCAGUAUUGCUGGAGAAGAGACAAAAGGUUUUCAAGAUUGUUUGAGACAAAGCGUAAUGGGUUGCCUCCAAGAUUGGAUUUCAUCAGUCCAGGUUUCUAAUGAAUGCUCACAAGAAGCAACAGUCAAGAUUUAUUAUCUUUGCUAUCUACUUGAUGUGACGAAAACCUGUCUGAGCUCUGAAAAAAGAGUCUGGGUGAAGUCGUGUUCUAGCAAAAUAAAGAACUGCAUCAUGAAUGAUAAAAUGGCAAGAGUUGUGAAAGAAAAUCUCUUGGAUCAAGUCAUGAAAUGUGCACUGCAACCCACAGCUGUUAAAGGAAAUGACCAAAAGAAAAAAUUAGCUGAAUUUGGAAGCAAGAAUCAUAUUGGCGAUUCAAACAACGAUCCUUACAGACGUGUUAGGAAAAUGUUGUCCGAACUCGGAUUGAGUCAUUUACUCGAGGAAUUCCAGAAGAACAUCAUCAGGGAUUCUUUGCUUGCCGCCAAUGAAGAUAUUCUCGGGAACACUUUGAAGGAAGCAGGUUUUCCUCCCGGUGCUGUUGUGGAAAUUCAAUUGUAUCUCAAAGUGAACAAUGGAGGGAAAUUUAUCGGCGAAGAAACUUUCGGAGAUGUUGGUAGUAUCGCAGACAGCGGGAAACUGGGUGCUAAAAUCGAUCGGUUGGUGAACGAUCUCAAAGUUUUUCUUCAAAACAUGGAACUUAGCAAAAAGAACGAAGGAGAACACUUGGAAGGGCAAGAAGACCAUCGAAAGGUUUGUGACAAAGUGGAUGAAACGAGAAAUAUCGGUGCUCAAGAAGGAAAAGUCGAUUUGAAAAAUUUGGAAAAGAAAGCGUUCGAAGGAACAGUGAAGAUGGAGUAUUCAACAUCAUCAGAGUCGACGGGCUUCUCUUCUGAAGUAUACUGCCCCGAUGAAGAAAAUUGCCGCUUGCACUUUACCCAGUAUGACCUAGCCCCUCCGAAACCAGAGAUGAAACCUGCUGGGGUAAAAAUGACUUCGACAAAUAACAAUUUGAUCUUUGAAGAAGAAGAGUUUAGCAAUUGUAAACAAGCAUUCACUCCGACUGAAUUUCCCCAAGUUCCAAGAACACUACGCAACGUUAUGGAGUUUAGAGAUGAAAAUACAAAAACUGCGAGAUCUCACAGGAAUUUAAACGAACGCUCGCCAAUAAAAUACAAAGGUCGAGGAAGGGGUAGGAGAGACGCAUCGGGAACUUUAGAGGACUCCGGAGAUCCUAGAGGGGGUACAUCACGAACCUUAGAACCGACAAGACGUGAAGGGUUACACUUCGUGAGGAGCGACUACAACACGGACACGAAAGACGACACAGAUGCAGAAAAAGGUGCUGACGCUUUUCUUUCGCAAACAGUCGAAGGAGCGCGUCCUGAGUUCGGGUCUAAUAUUCCAGUUGGAUGUUUCAUUUGUGGCGAAAAAGAUCAUCGAACAGCUUAUUGCAAGAACAAUUCGGCCAUGUUUGAUUAAUGCUGACGGGUGCAACAAGGGUUUCUCAAUGUUUGGGUUCUUACCACUUAAAUACCGUUGGGAACGUUUGCACUUCACAUUUCACAAAAGCAUUGCCCACACUUUUGCCCAUGAGUGUUUCUUUUUCUUCAUUGACGCUGUACCCCCCGUAUCAAACAACAUGGCACGAAACAGUUGUGCCCCCCUGUUUGCGGUUUUGGCUUGUGUCAAGUCGAUAGUAGUGUCAAGUUGUGUGGCAUUGAUAAAUAUGCUGUUUGACAUUGAGAGUAUUACAAUGAGUUUGAGUUGAUUUUAUUCUGGUUUGCAUCGUGCUUAAAUAAACCAUCUAUUUACGAUAUUUUCAAGAUAUUA